AUGGGAGCAAUAGCCAGCAGGUACCGUGUAUCAAACGCAGGCCUCACUAACGCGGACAUACAGAACAUAGAAAACGCUAACAAACGUGAAAACCCGGGAACUUUGGAUGAACUCCAUAAAAAAACUAAAGAUGUAUUACCAGUUAACUUUGAAGGUGGUAAACUUAUGGUCAAUAAGGGAAUCUCCAAUCAUUUCCAGAUGUCCCACACUUUAACGAUGAGCUCAAUGCAAAAUGGUUACAAGCUGGGUGCAACAUAUAUUGGUACAAAACAAAUAUCGCCCACCGAGGCCUUCCCUGUUGUACUGGGUGAUGUUGAUCCCGCUGGAAAUGUUAACUUCAAUCUAAUACAUCAAUUAACUCAAGAUGUCCGAGUGAAAGUUGCUGCACAGGUUCAAGAAUGCAAGUUGUCGGCGACACAGGGCACAGUUGAAUACAAGGGUUCAGACUAUACUUUAGCCCUGGCCGUCGGUAAACCUGACUGUAGUGAUAAAUCAUCUGUGUUUGUUGGACAUUACUUGCAGUCAGUCAGUAAGCAUCUAACGCUGGGUGCGGAGCUCGUGUAUCAGAGCAGUGCGCGUAUAGCAGGAGGAGAGGUGGCCAUCGCCUCGGCAGCAGCAAGAUAUACUAUGGACGAUUCUGAAGUAUCAGCAACUCUGGGAGCUGCUAGCUUCCAUGUCUGCUACUUCAAACAAGCUAGUGAACAAUUACAGGUGGUCGCUGAAAUGGAGACUUCAUUCAGGGGUAUGGAGUCAACGGGGACUAUUGGAUACCAAGUGACUAUACCUAAAGCGGAGCUCGUCUUUAGAGGUAUGGUUGAUUCAAAUUGGAAUAUUGGGGCAGUUCUGGAGAAGAAACUCCAGCCGUUGCCAUUUACAUUUGCUCUGUCAGGUAUGAGCAACCAGGCCAAACAACAGUUCAAGUUUGGUUGCGGCCUCAUCAUCGGAUAG